AUGACGACUUUACCACAAUUUAAUACAAAUAGUCAAGUAGCAACAAGACCUGUUUUACUGCAACUAGAGGAUCAAUAUAAUAAGCGUAUCGAUGAUGAUAUAGCGAAGUUAGUAGAUUGCUUUACAGAUAUAGUUAAAGCUGGAGAGGUACGCUCAUGCGAAUCACUUCUUUCACUCAUUGGCGAGUUAAAACAGAAUCUCUUACUGAAUGACACAAAGACAUUGACAGCUUUACGGCAAAAACGAUCAGAGAAGCUUACAGAGAAUACUGCAGCUAUAAAAGGGAGACUUUCAACAAUGAGAUCGGAGCUAGCAGAAACUAUUUAUGACCUAGAAACGGUGUAUUAUCGUUCCUUAACAAACAACUGA